AUGCCGGGCCUUUCUACUCGGGACCUCUCUCUGGAGGACAGGAGGCAGCUAGCCGUGAACCUCACCCGUGUCCUGGGACUCUACCGUUCCAUUCUGGAUGCCUACAUUAUCGAAUUUUUCACAGACAACCUGUGGGGCACACUGCCUUGCUCAUGGCAGGAGGCACUGGAUAGACUGAGCCCACCACAGCUGGCCACACAGCUACUAGGGAUGCCUGGAGAAGGGGAGGUUGUCAGAUACAGAUCGGUGUGGCCACUUACCCUGCUGGCCCUGAAGUCCACAGCCUAUGCCUUGGCUUUUACACGGACACCUGGGUUCCAGACCCCCUCAGAGUUCCUGGAGAACCCCAGCCAGAGCUCCCGACUGAUGCCUCUAUUCCGGAAACAUGUCAGGCCCAAGAAGCAGCAUGAAAUCCGAAGGCUUGGAGAGUUGGUGAAGAAGCUGAGUGAACUCACAGGCUGUACCCAGGUUGUGGAUGUGGGCUCUGGCCAGGGUCAUCUCUCCCGCUUCAUGUCUCUGGGGCUGGGGCUAUUGGUGAAGAGCAUCGAAGGGGAUCAGAGGCUAGUGGAGAGAGCCCAGCGCCUGGACCAGGAGCUCCUGCAGGCCCUGGAGAAAGAGAAAAAGAGGAACCCACAGGUGGUCCAUACUGGCUCUCGCCAUCCCCCACACCACGUGGUUAGGUGGGUAGACUCGACAGCUCUGUGUGAAGACCUUCUGCUUCCACUGGAACCCCCAUCUCAGAGUGGGGCCCGCUUGCUACUGACAGGCCUCCAUGCCUGUGGUGACCUGAGUGUAGCCUUGCUGAGGCACUUCUGUGGUUGCCCUGAUGUGGCAGCCCUGGCCUCAGUGGGCUGCUGCUACAUGAAGCUGAGUGACCCUGGUGGCUACCCUCUGAGCCACUGGGUGGCCGGGUUGCCUGGCUAUGAACUGCCCUACAGGCUUCGGGAGGGUGCCUGCCAUGCCCUGGAGGAAUAUGCUGAGCGGCUACAGAAAGCAGGUCCUGGACUGCGAACCCACUGCUAUCGGGCAGCACUGGAGACUGUCAUCCGGUGUGCCCAGCCUGAUCUCUGUCGGCCAGGCGUGCAGGGAAUCCCCAGGGUCCACGAGCUCAGGAUUGAAGAAUAUGUGCAGCGAGGGCUUCAACGAGUGGGGCUGGACCCCCAGCUGCCCCUGAAUCUGGCUGCCCUGCAGGGUUACCAGGCCCAGGAGCACCGUGUGGUGGCCUUCUUCAGCCUUGCCCUUCUGCUGGCCCCACUGGUGGAGACACUGAUUCUGCUGGACCGCCUGCUCUACCUUCAGGAGCAGGGCUUUCAUGCUGAACUCCUGCCUCUCUUCAGUCCUGAACUCUCCCCAAGGAACCUGGUUCUGGUAGCCACCAAGACACCUCUGGGUCAGGCCUUCUCUGUCCUAGAGACUGAAGAGAGCUAA